GAAUUCUAAAGCGGCGAAGUUGAAAACAAAAGUUGAUCAAAAGACCAAGUGAAAGAGAAGUUAGAGUGAAAAUCUCACAUGCGAUGUCAGAGGCUCGUCCUUUUAAGAUUUGGAAUCAUGAGCGGACUGUGAAAAAAGGAACUGUCGCAUCUUCAUUACAAGAUUUACUCAGAAAAGGGAAGUCAUCACUGGGAAUCCCCGAACCAGAACAAGUAACAGCAGUGUUGGAGGAAGAUGGUACAGAGAUUUCAGAUGAAGAUUACUUUGCCUUCAUAAGACACAACACCACCAUCAUGUUACUUAGAAAUGGGCAAAAGUGGCAGCCAGUUGGAGCAGAGAAUCAGUUUGGGGGAGACGAGGUAGAUAAUCUAGAGGCAGGAAGUGAGAUAUCAGACAGGAUGAAGCAGUUAAUAGCAGGCCUUCAUAAAAACAUCACAAGAAUCAUCACCCUGUCAAAUGAUGAUCUACAGAUCAUUGUGGGUAUGGAUGUCCCAAUGCUGGCUAACUUGCUGCAGGAUACAGAAAAUUUCGCUAAAUCCAUUCAGGAAGCCUGCCAGCGCCACUUAGAUGAACGUAACCAGACCUCGGAGGCUAUGGAUCUGUUAAGACUUUAUCACACCGCCCGACAGUCCAGUCCUUAUGUAGAGGAUACAGGUCCAAAACGUAAAAAACAUGCACACACGUAAAUCAGGGUCAUUCUUGUGGUGUAGAAAUUAAAACUGAACACAUUUUGAUCUUUUAUGUAUUCAUACAUAUGUUUGAUUUUCAAUCUCAUCUGUUUUGUAUAAAUUUUUUACCCAAAUUUGUUAGUAGAAUCGUAUUCUUUUUUAUUUACAUCUAUUUCAUCUAUUAAAAGUUUAUUCAUUCAUUCAAAGUUUCUAUUAUAGAAGAUUUCUGUUUUUAUCUGCCUGUGUAUGAUUUUUCCAUCAUUGUUUGAUUUCAAAACCAUACUUGGAAAAAUAUCAGAAGUAAAUAUUGUGCCAUAUAAAGAGUAGCCAGAAGUUUUCCUCAGAAAGCGAACAUCACAGUGCUGUCCUAUUCUCUGAAAUGAAAGUUAAAAGAUUUGAGGAGCUCUGUUGCAUUACACAUGAACAGACUAUGUCACUUUUAAAAACUUGCAUUUAGAAUAAAAAGAACAAAAAUGAUUUUGCAUUGACUGUGAUCAUAUAAAAAAAUAAUUGUCUAGGAAUCUUUUUGGUAACAAACUUGUUUUUGGUUUACAUAUCUGAUGAAAUAGAUUGUGAUUUUUUUAAUGCACAAUUUCCAUACAUUUUCAUUUGAUCUGAAAAAAUCUCUUUGUAUGGGAAAUGACAAAAGAUUUGUACAAUUUGAAAUGUGAUACGUAUAUUUUCUUA